UCUUGCCCUGGCUUUCAAAAGAGAGACUCUUCAGCACUACUGCACAAGUUGAUGCCAUGGCAUCUAGACCAGAACUGAUACCGAUAACAUCACAAAAACAUGACCCAGCAUGGAAGCACUGUCAGAUGUUUAAAAAUGGGGAUAGAGUACAAUUGAAGUGUGUUUUUUGUGGUAAAGUAUUUAAGGGUGGUGGGAUUCAUAGGAUUAAGGAACAUUUAGCUGGCCAAAAGGGUAAUGCAUCUACUUGUUUGCGUGUUUCACCUGAUGUUCGCCUUGAAAUGCAACAAAGUUUAGAUGGGGUUGUGGUAAAAAAGAGGAAGAAGCAAAAGAUUGCAGAAGAGAUCACGAAUAAUAAUCCGAUUUCUAGUGAGAUAGAUGUCUUUGAACAGGGUGAUCUUGGUACUGGUUUGCAAUUGACAGAGGUUUCAAAUACACCUGAACCUAUAGCUAGUUCGAGUGUGUUGGUUAAUAGAGAAGGAACAAGUAAUAUUAGUGGAGAUAGGAAAAAGAGAUGGAGAGGGAAACAUCCUUCUGUGAAUACUUAUGCAGUUGGUAUGUCAAGUGUUUCAUUAGCUGCUAAGAGAGUGAAUAAUCCUCUCUAUAUGGCUAUAGGGCGGUUUUUUUAUGAUAUAGGAGCACCGCUAGAUGCUGUGAACUCAGUUUAUUUCCAACCAAUGGUUGAUGCUAUUGCCUCAGGAGGAUCAGAGGCUGUAAUGCCUUCAUAUCAUGAUAUUCGGGGUUGGGUUUUGAAGAAUUCAGUUGAGGAGGUGAAAAAUGAUAUUGAUAAAUACACGGCAACUUGGGGAAGGACUGGUUGUUCUGUUUUGGUUGACCAAUGGAACACUGAAAUGGGUAGAACUUUGCUGAGUUUUUUGGUAUAUUGUCCUGAAGGAACAGUGUUUUUGAGAUCAGUUGAUGCAUCUGGAAUCAUAAAUUCCUCUGAUGCUCUUUAUGAAUUGCUUAAGCAAGUGGUGGAAGAAGUUGGAGUUAGACAUGUGUUGCAAGUGAUCACUAGUAGUGAAGACCAGUAUAUUGUUGCUGUGAGAAGGUUAACUGAUACUUUCCCUACUCUGUAUUGGACUCCAUGUGCAGCUCGUUGCUUGAACUUAAUAAUUGAGGAUUUCGCGAAGCUUGAGUGGAUUAAUGCAAUAAUUGAACAGGCUAGAGCCAUUACUAGAUUUGUGUACAAUCAUAGUGUGGUUUUGAAUAUGGCAAGGAGGUAUACUUUUGGAAAUGAUAUUGUAGAACCGGGAAUCACUCGCUCUGCCACAAACUUUACAACAUUGAAAAGGAUGACUGACCUUAAACAUAAUUUACAGGCUAUGGUAACUUCACAGGAAUGGAUGGAUUGUCAAUAUUCAAAAAAACCAGGGGGACUGGAAAUGUUAGAUAUAAUAAGUAAUCAGUCAUUUUGGUCAUCAUGUAACCUGAUUGUUCGCUUAACAAAUCCUCUCUUGCGACUUCUGGGAAUAAUUAGUAGUGAGAAGAGGCCUGCAAUGGGAUACAUAUAUGCUGGAAUGUAUCGAGUAAAAGAAACAAUUAAGAAAGAACUCAUUAAGAGGGAAGAGUAUUUGGUCUACUGGAAUAUUAUAGAUCACUGCUGGGAACAACAAUGGCAUCUUCCUCUUCAUGCUGCAGGGUUCUUCCUGAAUCCCAAGUUCUUUUAUAGUAUAGACGGUGAUAUGCCCAGUGAGAUUGUGUCAGGAAUGUAUGACUGCAUAGAGAGAUUGGUUUCUGAUACAACUGUGCAGGAUAAAAUCAUGAAAGAGAUAAACUCAUAUAGGAAUGCUGUUGGAGAUUUUGGGAGGAAGAUGGCAAUUAGAGCGAAAGAUACUUUACUUCCUGCGGAAUGGUGGUCAACAUAUGGAGGAAGUUGCCCAAAUUUGGCACGUUUGGCAAUCCGCAUUCUCAGUCAAGCAUGCUGUUCGAUGGGAUAUAAGCAACAUCAGAUUCCUUUUGAACACAUCUAUGACACAAGGAACUGCCUGGAGCGUCAGCGUCUCAAUGACCUUGUAUUUGUUCAGUACAACUUGCGGCUGAGACAAAUGGUCAGCAAAAACAAAGAACAGGAUUCUAUGGACCCCGUGUCAUCUGAUGGCGUUAACACUGCUGAAGACUGGAUCACGGGGAAAGACGUGUGUUUGGAGGACUAUGGGACCUCAGACUGGAUGGCACUUGAUCCACCGGCUUCUAAUACAAUGCUUUUAGGAUCUGCCAGUGAUGAAGUUGAAGAGCUAGGUGAAGGUUUUGAUGAUUAUGAGAUUUUUAAUAGAGUGAAAGAUGGUGAGGAGGAAAAUGUUGACGACAAUCCAGUAAGUCAGUAGACCACAAUCAAAGGGACACUCUUUUUUAUGUAAAUAAUAAGUAGAUUAUUGUUGCCAUUUGCACAUUAUCAACCCGACAAGGUAGGGUAAGUUAUUUAUCAAUCUAUCUCUGUUGCUACGAUUGGAACCAUGGAGGAUGAUGUAUCCGAAUGCUAUUGUGGUUAGGAAGAUUUAGGAAUGUAAUUGUAAAAUCACUCUCACAUUGGGUUUGCAGUGGUUCAAUGUUAGCAUUUUUGCUCCAUUUUGAGGUCGGAGUUGUUGCCGUAAGAAUAAAUCUU